UCUGCAGGCAGAUAUAUAUAUGCACACACAUAGACCUGCAGACUGUACCUCCUCAUCCACCCAGAAUACACAGCACACACCACUAAGCCAGAGAGUUGAAGCUACUGGUCUCAGCCUCUUCUGCCUUCGGCUCAUCCAUGAUGUGGGAACUCCGCUCCGUGGCCUUCACUCGAGCUGUCCUUGCUGAAUUUCUAGCUACGCUGCUCUUCAUCUUCUUUGGGCUGGGGGCGGCACUCAACUGGCCUGUGUCCCCACCCAAUGUUCUCCAGAUCUCGCUGGCUUUUGGCUUGGCUAUAGCGACCUUGGUCCAGGCUGUGGGUCAUGUCAGCGGGGCCCAUAUUAACCCUGCUGUGACUGUCGCAUGCCUAGUAGGCUCCCAGGUCUCCUUCCUGAGGGCCAUCUUUUACGUGGCAGCACAGGUCCUGGGAGCUGUGACAGGGGCAGCCCUCCUGCAUCAAAUCACACCGCCUCACAUCCGAGGAAGCUUGUCCAUCAACAGGGUACACAAUAAUACAACCUCAGGUCAAGCGGUCACCAUGGAACUGUUCCUCACCUUCCAGUUGGUCCUGUGCAUUUUUGCCUCAACCGAUGACCGCAGGACCGAUAACCAGGGAUCCCCAGCCUUGUCCAUUGGUUUCUCUGUUGUCCUGGGUCACCUGCUUGGGAUCUACUACACUGGCUGCUCCAUGAACCCUGCUAGAUCUUUUGGCCCUGCUGUGAUUGUGGGUGAAUUUGACAACCACUGGGUCUUCUGGCUGGGUCCAAUGGCUGGAGCGGUCGUGGCAUCCUUGCUCUACCACUAUGCUCUCUUCCCCCAUGCAAAGACCCUCUCAGAGCGGCUAGCAAUCUUCAAAGGCUACGAGCCGGAAGAAGACUGGGAGGAGCGUGAUGUUCGCAGGAGGCAAUCAAUGGAGCUCCACUCCCCACAGACCCUGCCUCGAAGUGUGAUGGAGAAAGUCUAGGCCAACCCCGACGAACAGUGAAAGGAGCAGGCUAUAGCUAGCUACAUCCACUGGUGUUUUCUUCUGGCUCAAAUGUGCAUUCAUCUUCAUGUUGUCAAUGCACAACGAAUAUCUCCCCUGGGAGCUGUAUGGUCAUCUGUGAUGGGCCACCCGUGGAGCUUAAAUCUUUGGCUCAGGCUGUAAGAGAAGUGCCCAUUGCUCUGAAAGAUUCUCCCAAGGAGAUUUAAGAUCCACCUAUUGAUCAGAUCAGUGGAAACCAUCACAUGCC